AUGUCUCGCUUUACUGCGAGAUUUACUUCUACUUUUGAAGACAAAGAUGACUCAGGAGACGAGAAUAAAACAGUAUUCGCGGAUGAGUCUGUUUCUGUCUUCCCUUGUUAUAAUCUUUACCCCAGAAGCAGCAAACUUUCAGUCUCCGGAAAUUCUGCUCGACUCAAAUCAAUCAGUCUCAACGAUAACAAUGAUAUUGAAGAAGAUACUCUCCCAAUCAGAAGAAUCGGCGCUCGAAAAAGAGACAAUCCAUUCAAGAAGUACCAAGUCCCAGACGAAAUAGUCGACGUCAUCUUCUCCAAUUUGCGAAAAAGAGAUCUUUUGUCGGCAAUGCAAGUUUGUCAACAGUUUUAUGCUGUUGGACAUGUGUCGGGAAACUGGAGAAUUACUGAUGUCAUGGAACGUCCCAUCACGGAGUUGACACUAAUCACAUUAAUGAAAAGGAAAAUUCGCAUUCUCCGCCUCGCUGGUGCAAAGCCAGAUCCCAUUUCACGCGUCAACGUCCGUAUGUUUGCUUCUUGUAUGCUUGGAACUUCACGCAUUGAGUGCCUGGAUCUUUCUCGUGCAAAUCUCACUGUUAGACAACUUCUCAUUUUAUUGAAACCUUGUCGCAAACUUCAAUGCUUGUCAGUUGAAGGAAACGUUUUGGAUGAUCAGGUUGCAAGCUGCAUUUCGGACAAUAAAAACCUUAGAGAACUAGAUAUCUCAAUGACUCGUGGAAUCUCGAUCAACGGAGCCAGAAUGAUAUCUCAAAAAUGCAAUAAUCUCGAGCAGCUCAAUGCAUCAUGGUGUGGUCUUUCUGAACCUAUUUUACGCGUUAUCAUCGACAACAUCACGGACAAGCUUCGAAAGUUGAACCUCUCCGGUUCGAUUCGUGAAGACGGAUUGAACGAUGAACUAGUCGAUGCGUUUUCCGCCAAAGCAGAUAACAUCACGGAUCUCGAUUUGUCAGACAAUGGACAGUUAGGUGAUGCCGUAGUUGCUACCAUUAUGGCUCGUUUUCCCAAACUGACACAUCUCUCCCUCAAUCGAUGCUAUGCGAUGGACCCAAACAUAAUAGUUCACCUAAACAUCAAACCAUCGUUAAUUUUUCUAAACGUUCACGGAUGCAUAACGGAAAAUAACAUGAAGCUUUUCCUACAAAUGUGUGAUCGUUUGAAAUGCAACACUCAACUGUUCAAUUUUACUGCAAAACCCACUUCGAACAAUGCUCCUUUCAUCUGGGGACAUAACAUGCUCGAGUAUUGA